AUGGAUAUAGCCAAAAAGUUCGAAAAUGCUUCCUCCGGCGAAGUGAUCAAAUGCAUAGACAUGCACACAACAGGUGAACCAACCAGGAUUGUAUAUGCAGGAUUUCCUCAACUCCACGGAACCCUCCUGGAGAAGCGUGACCAAGCCAAGAACAAACACGACAACAUCCGGAAACGCAUCAUGCUCGAGCCGCGAGGCCAUUACGAUAUGUACGGAGCGAUUAUCAUCACAGACACGGAACUCGUCCAAAGCGGAGAGGCCCACAUAGGUACCCUCUUCACGCAUAAUGGGGGGUUUUCGACUAUGUGUGGUCAUGCCACUAUUGCACUAGGUCGGUUCCUCGUUGAUACCCAUGACUUGACGGUAUUUCCGAAAAGAAAUGAAUUAAAGAUCGACUUGAAGAGUCAGCAAGUUGAAGUCAAAAUCCAUGCUCCUUGUGGGCUGGUUCGUGUUACUGUGCCUACCUCUGCGGAUGGAAAAGAGUCUGACCCUUCGCGUCCGGUAACCUUCGUCUCGACGCCUGCUUAUGCUGCCGCGAUCGGUCUUGAGGUUCCGAUUCCUGAGAAUCUGAGGUGGCCUCAGCUUGCCGGGCAAGACUCGAUUACCCUAGAUAUCUCCUACGGUGGCGCGUUCUAUGCACUGAUUGAUGCUCGUGAGCUUGGGUUUGACGGCCUGAGCAAAGUCGAUCUGACAUCUAUUGGAAAUGUAAUCAAGGGUCUCAAGGCUUACUUGAUAACUCAACCGGAUGUUGUUCAGGCUUUGCAGCACCCUGAAGAUCAACGGUUGUCUUUCCUUUACUCCAUCAUGGUAGUGGACCAGAGUAUUGGAUCGAGGCCACCAGGCGUGGAUGGUGCAGAGACUGGUCUUUGCUUCUUCGCUGAGAAUCAAAUCGAUCGAUCUCCGACUGGUUCUUGCGUCACUGCUCGCAUGGCUCUUGCCCAUGCGAAGGGUAUUAGGCCAUGCAAUCAAUUUUGGGCUUAUAAUUCGCUUGUAUCUAAUCAUUUUGAUACUGGCGCUUUUACUGCUUCCAUUGUUGAGGAGGGAAUUAAGAUACAAGGAGAGAAUGGUCCAGAAAGACAGGCAGUCGUGGUUCGUGUUGAAGGGCAAGCAUAUUAUACCGGUGCUCUGAGCUUCAUUGUUGAGAAGGAUGAUGUGACCAGCGAGAGUGGGUUUACUAUGGGAGGUUGUGCACAAUGGGACAUUUGA